GAAGCGGAGUGUAAACAACAUGGCGGCGCCCGCAGAGCACGUGACAGAAAACGCCACAGAAAACACGACAGAAGCAGAUGAAACUGAAGAAACGGCCUCGUCUGAAGCUGAAACACAAAACCAGAACAAAGAAGAAAACAAGAACUGUGAGGAAGAGUCUAAUAGUGAUGAAGAGGAUGAAGAGGAGAACAAAGAGCGCCCCCCUCGGGUCAUGGACACGCCGGAGGACCUGCGUCUCGAGGCCAUCGCCAACUCCAUCGCCCUCCACCCGAGCAGAGACGUGAUCGUGUGCGGAGACGUGGACGGAGACGUGUACGCCUACGAGUACUCCUGCACCGAGGGACGGACCACAGAGCUGUGGUCCUCAGGACACCAUAUGAAGUCUUGUCGUGCUGUUCGUUUCUCGGCGGACGGGCAGAAGUUGUUCUCCGUGUCCCGGGACAAGGCCGUGCACGUUUUGGACGCAGAGAGCGGAAAACUGGUCACACGGAUCAGAGGAGCUCACACGGCGCCGAUCAACGCGCUCAAGAUCAUCGACGAAAACCUCCUCGCCACUGGAGACGACGCAGGGACGGUCAAGGUCUGGGACAUGAGGAGAGGGACGUCCAUCUUGGAUCUGAAACACCACGACGAUUAUAUCAGCAGCAUCACAGUGGACCAGGCCAAACGGAUCCUGCUCAGCGCCAGUGGCGAUGGGACUCUGGGCGUGUUCAACAUAAAGCGGCGACGUUUCGAGCUUCAGUCUGAGUUUCAGAGCGGGGACCUGACGUCUGUGGCGUUGAUGAAGCGAGGGAAGAAGGUGGUGUGCGGCUCCAGCGAGGGGACGCUCUACAUCUUUAACUGGGACGGCUUCGGCGCGACCAGCGACCGCUUCGCCGUCAAAGCCGAAUCUGUGGACUGUAUCCUGCCCAUAACUGACAGCAUCAUGUGCGUCGCCUCCAUGGACGGAUACAUCAGAGCGAUUAACUUACUGCCGAACCGCGUGAUCGGCUGCGUGGGGCAGCACGUGGGGGAGCCCAUAGAGGAGCUGGGCCGGUCCCACUGCGGUCGCUUCCUGGUCAGCUGCGGACACGACUCCCUGGUCAAGUUCUGGGACAUUGGCUCUCUGCCCGAAUCCAAAGUCCAGGAAUACCGCAAGAGGAAGAGGAAAGACGGAAAACUCAAAUCCCUCAGCAAGAAGGCCCACGGCGACAACGACUUCUUCGCCGGACUCGUGGAGGAAACGGAAAACAAACGGGAGGAAGGAGAAGAGGAGGGAGAGGAUGAGGACGAGGAGAGCGAUAGCGACAGUGACUGAUCCCAGAUAAAGAGACGAGAGGUGGGAGACACUGCGGAACAUUUCCUUGUAAAGAGACAAAAAACGAAAUGGUAAAAAGUGAUGCGUUUGUGUUUUAACGUCAUGGACCUUAAAGAGGCGAGAUUUUACUUCUACGGGGCAUUAAAAUAUGUUUUAGAAGUUUCACUCUGAGUCCUCCUCUCUCUUUGCUCUCUGUGCUAAGCCACUCCCCCUUCAGAGCGCCAUCACAACACAACUACUGCACAUCACGUCAGGUUUGUCAAGUCGUAGUGCACAGUUUUGUGUCAUGUUUUUGUAUAUUUAUGGAGGAUUAGGGGUGAUGUCGGCUUGUGGGCGGAGCCUCGUACAGAAUCUAACGGCUAAACGUAAAGGAGGGUUUGAGUAGGGCCCGGGAGAGAUCGCUAAAUGACUCAAAACGUCUUCAGUCUUCAUGUUUUUGAUGAGGAAACGGUGUUAAAACACGGGAGAAAAAGACAUUUACGGUAGAUUUGAUUAGAUUUUGAUCGAUGUUUAAACUAUCGUCUGAUUAUGAAAGUAUCGAUAUGUCCCAACCGUAGUGACGAUUCCAUUCAAGUCCUAAUUUGUCUGAAAUUUUAUCUAUUUUGGACAGUUUGUUUUCUCUUCUUUCCCACUAGAUGGAGCUCUUACAAUAAACAAAACUCCUCUGCCACUUCCUGAAAAAACUGUAUCCAAUAUCUCCACAAAAUAAUUUAAGGUGUACGUAGUUAAUUUAAUCCUGUGAAAUAAGAGUUUAAAGAUCCUUAAGGUGUAUAUUAUUAAAACGACUGUAUUUUCCAGAAUAUACGUCACUCUGGAGUAUAAAGUAAGUCGCACCAGUGGAAAAAUGUAUAAUAAUGAAGAAAAAACAUAAGUCGCGCUGGAGUAUAAGUCGCAUUUUUGGGGGAAAUUUAUUUUACAAAAUCCGAGACCAAGAACAGACAUUUUAUCUUAUCUAGACAAUUUAUAAUAAUAAUAACAAUAAAAUAGAGAACAACAGGCUGAAUAGCAGUACAGCACGCUAUUAGAUUUUAAUUUUACAGAUUGCAUAAAAUAAAAUAAAAAAACACUUUUUUUUUUUUUUUUACUUUGGUCAAAACACUGUAUUGUAAAAGUAAAAGUCCAAGUAAAGUAAAAAAAAUAGACAUAAAGCUGUAAUAAAUGUGUUAUUACAGGGUUUUUAUUUACAAACGCUUGUCCCGAGCUCUUAUUUUGGCGGUGUCUCUUCCUUCUUCCUGUGGCUGAUGAGACGCAGAGUGAUCUGUGGAGUGAGUCCGUGUGUCACCAGUUCUUCUUUGAGCUGAAAUCAUUUAUUUGUAUUGU